AUGGCGACUCCAACGAACAGGAUCUUAUCUAUUAAUUCUCGUCGUAAAUUCGCCUUAAUCAUUGCAAAUGCAAAUUAUUCCUUGUCGAACUCUUUGUCGAAUACAGUUAAUGAUGCCAAAGCCAUGUCAACGCUUUUGAAACGGAUUGGAUUUCAAAUUUACGAUGAUGAAGCUAAAUUAAAUUUGACUUUCAAUGAGAUGCGUCGCGUUGUAACGGAUUUUACGCGUCGAAUAAAACGAAAUGAUAUGGCUCUAUUCUAUUUUUCUGGUCAUGGAAAUCAAUGGGAGGAUAAAAUCUACCUUAUUCCAAUUGAUGACUUUAAAGAACAUGUUUCAGAACGCUCAUCAACAAUUAAAUCGCCACUAAAUGGUUCUGAUCUAUCAAAAUACGCAAUAAAUGUACAAAAUAUUCUCAAUGAAAUCGAUGAUUGUCAUCCGUUUGUAAACUUGAUUUUCUUAGAUUGUUGUCGAACUCACCCUUUGCCUCGAAGCAACGGAUACAAAGGAGAAGCAAGCAAUCAUUUAUAUGAAUUUAAACCAAUACCUGCAACAGUUGGUUCAUUAAUUGCAUUUGCUUGUGCACCUGGAACAACAGCCGAUGAAGGAAAAAAUGGAAAUAAAUAUGGUUUAUUUACAAAACAUCUUCUGAACCAUCUCGAUACACCAAAUGAAGAUAUUGAAAGACUUUUGCGUCGUGUUCGCAAUGAUGUGAUGAAUGAAUCAAAUGAUCAACAAAUUCCACAUGUUACUUCAGUUCUAAGACAUGAUUUCGUUUGUUUAUUUGAGCGAAAACAGGAAAGUAAAUUGAACAAAUGGAAACAACACGGUAAAACUGUAGCUGGUGGAAACGGACAAGGACGACAACUAAAUCAACUCUGUUGUCCUCAUGGAAUUUUUAUCGAUUGCAAUCAAAAUCUUUUUAUCGCUGAUUGGUGGAAUAAUCGAAUUGUUCAAUGGAAAUUAGAGGAAAGUCAAGGAAAGAUUGUUGUGGAUGGAUAUGAACAACGAGAUGGAUUGGGCCAAUUGAAUCAGCCAACAGAUGUAAUGAUGGAUGAACGAAAUCAUUCAUUGAUCAUUGCUGAUGGAGGAAACAGACGAGUGAUUCGAUGGUGGAACGAUAAUCAAGUUGAAAUUCUCAUUGACAAUAUCUCCUGUUAUGGUUUAGCAAUGGAUAAAGAUGGAUAUCUUUAUAUUUCUGAUUGGGAGAAGAAUGAAGUGAGAAAAUGGAAAAUCGGAGAUAAAGAAGGUAAAUUAGUGGCUGGUGGUCAUGGUAAAGGAAAUCGAACUGAUCAGUUGGAGGGUCCUACGUAUAUAUUUGUUGACGAUGAACAGUCGAUUUAUGUAUCGGACUAUCACAAUCAUCGUGUGAUAAAAUGGAGAAGAGAUGCGAAGGAAGGAGCUGUUGUUGCGGGUGGAAAUGGAAUGGGAACGAAUCUAAAUCAAUUGAAUUGUCCUACAGGAAUAAUUGUCGAUAAGAUGGGUCGCAUCUAUGUAGUGGAUUGUGAUAAUUAUCGAAUAAUCCGUUGGUGUGAUGGAAAAAAAGAAGGUGAAGUGAUUGUUGGUGGAAAUGGUCGUGGAAAAGAAUCAAAUCAAUUGAACUGUUCCACUAGUUUAUCAUAUGACUUUGAAGGAAAUCUUUAUGUUGCCGAUAGUGAUAAUCAUCGAGUUCAAAGGUUUAAUUUAAUUUGCAACUAA